AUGCCGAGAAAAAGUGAUGCAGCUAAAAUGGAAGAAGUUGGCAUCGAGAUAGACGGAGAUUUAAGUGAAAGUGACGGUGAGAGGCAGGCGGGAGGAAGAGGAGGCGUAAAGGGACGAGGACGAGGCAAAAAACCGGCCAGUGAUGAUGAUGAUGAUGAGGACGAUGAGGAGGAAGACGAAGCUCCCAGGGGGCGUAGAGGAGCAAACAGGAAGAAGCUGGCCAAGAAACGUGGUGGCAAUGAUGAUGAGGAUGAAAGCGAGGAUGAGCCUCCCAAGAGGAAGAGAGGAGGAGCAGCCAAUAAGAAGAAAGGAGGCAAAGCCCAGGACAGUGAUGAGGAGGACAAAGAAGAGGAGACCAAGGGUAAGAAGGGUGAUGGCAAAGGGAAAGGGAAGGGCAAGGGCAAAGAUGAUGACAAGGACAAGAAGAAGAAAAAGAAAAAGGGUGACAGUUCAUCAGAUUCCAACUCCAACUCGAGUGAGGAAGAGGAGUCCAUGUCAGAGGGAGAGAUGGCUCGGCUGAUGGAGGAGGUGGAGGAGAAGAAGAAACUCAUCGCCAACAUCAGGAAUAAGCCUUGGAGGAUGCAGCGGAGGCUCAAACUCCUAAAGGAAGCUCAAGAAUUUGUGGAUAAGUUUGAAGGCGCUUUGGGGAAAGGGAAAGGCCGAAAGUGGUAUGCCUACAAAGUGAUGAUGACAAAGAAAUGGAUCAAGUUUCAGAGGGAUUUUGAAAAUUUCAGAACAGCGUGCAUCCCAUGGGAGAGGAAGAUCAAGGAGGUGGAAAGUCACUUUGGGUCAUCCGUUGCAUCUUACUUUAUUUUCCUGCGAUGGAUGUACGGCAUGAACCUUGUGCUUUUUGGAUUCACCUUUGGACUUGUGGUCAUCCCUGAGGUCCUGAUGGGUCUUCCCUAUGGGUCUAUUCCCAGGAAGACUGUACCCAGAGCAGAGCAGGAUACUGCUCAAGACUACUCUGUCCUCAUGGACUUCAAUGGGUACUGCAAAUAUUCAGUGCUGUUCUACGGAUAUUACAACGACCAGAGGACCGUCGGCGUGCUGAAGUUCAGGCUACCUUUGUCCUACCUCAUGGUCGGCAUUGGCACUUUCGGCUACAGCCUGAUGCUUGUGAUCCGCACAAUGGCCAAAAAUGCUGAUGUUGGUGGUGGAGAUGGGGAGGAUUCAGACUUCACCUUCGCCUGGAAGAUGUUCACCAGCUGGGAUUACCUCAUUGGCAAUGCGGAGACCGCUGACAACAAGUACGCCUCCAUCACCACCAGUUUCAAGGAGUCCAUUGUGGACGAGCAGGAGAACCAGAAGGACGAGAACAUCCACCUGCGCAGGUUCCUCAGAGUCCUGGCUAACUUCCUGAUCACCUGUAGCCUCGGCGGCAGUGGGUACCUCAUCUACUUUGUGGUGAAGAGAUCUCAGGAGUUUGCCACAAGGGACGACCUCAGCUGGUAUGAGAAGAAUGAGAUGGAGAUUGUCAUGUCUCUUCUGGGCCUGGUGUGUCCACCUCUGUUUGAGACCAUUGCUGAGCUGGAGGACUACCAUCCUCGGAUCGCCCUCAAAUGGCAGCUCGGACGCAUCUUUGCCCUUUUCCUCGGAAACCUCUACACGUUUCUGUUCGCCCUGUUUGAUGAGGUCAACACCAAGCUGGAGGAAGAGCAGUCCAUAAAGAACGCCUCCAUCUGGGCCAUGAAGGAGUACUACGCCAACUACUCACGUCUGAUGAAUGACUCAGAAGCCACCCCGCCUCCAAUGGAUCCAGCUGAUGUCAUUAGAGGACCAUGCUGGGAGACUGCAGUGGGCAUUGAGUUUGUGAAGCUGACCGUGUCAGACAUCCAGGUGUCCUACCUAACCAUCCUGAUUGGUGACUUUGCCCGAGCUGUGAUUGUACGUUUCCUUAACUACUGCUGGUGCUGGGACCUGGAGGCUGGAUUUCCAUCAUACGGCGAGUUUGACAUCAGUGGAAAUGUUCUUGGAUUGGUCUUCAAUCAAGGCAUGAUUUGGAUGGGUGCAUUUUAUGCCCCCGGGCUGGUGGGCAUCAAUGUGCUCCGCCUCCUCAGCUCCAUGUACUAUCAGUGUUGGGCUGUGAUGGCCACUAACGUCCCCCACGAGAGAGUUUUCAAGGCCUCUAAGUCCAACAACUUCUACAUGGGUCUCCUGCUCCUCGUGCUCUUCCUUAGCCUGUUACCUGUUGUCUACACAUCAUACGCGCCACCUUUUAUUGUUUGCAGUGGAAAGGACAAGAUGUUUGACAUAAUCAUGGAGACGAUUGACCUGGACCUGCCGGCCUUCAUGGGAACACUCUUUAGCUAUGCAGCUAACCCCGGUCUCAUUAUACCAGCUGUACUUCUCAUGGUACUCGCCAUCUAUUAUUUGAACUCAGUAUCCGAGGCAUACCAAAACUCCAACAUGGAGCUGAAGAAAAAGAUGAAGAUGGCUCGCGAUGAAGAGAAGAAUCGAAGGAACAAUGCAGACACCACCAACCAGGUCAUGAAAGACCUGGAGGACCUUCUACCGAACCGAUCCCUCAUUCCCCCUGCUCCACCAGAGCCUGGUCAGAACUACAUCCUGAUGAUCCAAGAACCAAAACCAAAACCAACAAAGACAAAACCCGGGACAGCUGGUAAAGGUGUUAACCUGCAGAAAGAUGUGGCUCUAGCGUCGUCCAACCCUAAUGCUCGAGGGCCAGUAAGCAGGCCACCUGGACCCAGAGGACCUGGACCAGGUCCAGGUGCUGGACCGGGUCGAGGCCGUGGGAGAGGGCCCCCUCCGAGAUAA